GUUGGAAUGGGUCCGAGUUGGUUUGGGUCCGAGUUGACCUGAUCCCUUUAAGACCAAUGUCUUUUGCUUUUUGAAGCGACGGCUUUGCUUUGUUAGCCUGAAACCUGCUGCACUCCCGGCCGUAGCCGUAUCUUUUUUGUAUGAACAACAAGCGUAAUGAUGGCGACGUUUCUGUUUAGGAGCAGUUUCACUUUCAGAUGUGCUUGUUCUUUGAGAUUGGACGCCCGAUCGCUGCAGAUUGGGAUACGGAAGUCCUCCUCCCAGUCUGAACUUGCGGGAGACAGGUCUGAUGACACCCGUCAUGAGUCUAUCUUUACUGAUCAGCAUGUUGAAAUGAGGAGGUCAUUGGGGAAGCUGAUUGAAAAGGAGAUUAAUCCUUAUGUGGAUCAGUGGGAAGCAGAGAGGCAGUUCCCAUCUCAUGAAGUCUUCAAGAAACUCGGCGAGGCUGGGUUCUUGGGACUCAACAAACCCACAGAGUAUGGUGGAUCAGGUCUUGAUUUCAGCUACAGUAUUGCCAUGGCAGAAGAGCUGGGAAACAUCAAAUGUGGAGCUAUUCCCAUGGCAAUAGGUGUCCAGUCUGACAUGGCUACACCUGCUUUGGCAAGAUUUGGCAGUGAUGAACUGAGGAGGCAAUUUCUUGCACCAACCAUUGCUGGUGAUGUCGUUGCCUGUCUAGGUGUCAGCGAAGUCGGGUCCGGGUCAGACGUAGCAAGUAUUCAGACGAGGGCAGAGAAACAAGGUGGGGAUUAUGUCAUCAAUGGUGGCAAGAUGUGGAUUACCAAUGGCAUAAAGGCCGAUUGGAUCUGCCUCUUGGCGAACACAGGUGAUGGUCCUGCACACCAGAACAAAUCACUGAUAUGUGUGCCUAUGGAUGCUAAAGGGGUGGUGAGGGCCCAGAAAAUUGACAAAAUUGGCAUGUGGUCCUCAGACACGGCUCAGCUGUUCUUUGAGGACGUCCGAGUGCCUCAGAAGAAUCUUAUUGGACAGGAGGGAAUGGGAUUUACCUAUCAGAUGCUGCAGUUUCAAGAGGAAAGAAUGUGGGCGGUAGCAGCAGCCCUUGUGCCUCUGGAAAUAAUGAUCAAUGAAACCAUCGCUUACACCAAGCAGAGGAAAGCCUUUGGCAAGUCUAUCCUGGACAACCAAGUAGUGCACUAUCGUCUCGCCGAGUUGCAGACCGAAGUAGAGUUACUGAGAUCUCUGUUGUACAGAACCAUAGGUCUGUACAUCCAUGGUGUAGAUGUGACCAAGCUAGCCUCCAUGGGUAAGCUCAAGACGGGUCGACUGUGCCGAGAAGUCAGUGAUUCUUGCCUGCAAUUUUGGGGUGGGAUGGGCUUCACCAGUGAAGUCCUGGUCAGCCGAUUCUACCGAGAUUUCAGACUAAUAUCAAUUGGCGGAGGAGCAGAUGAGGUCAUGCUUUCAAUAAUCAGCAAAUACAUGGGAACAUUGCCAAUGCCAGCCAUGAAGAAAUAAGACAGACCACACCCAUCUUCGCUGGUACUGAUCCAGUUUGGUUUCCAGGUGUCAUUCUGAAAUGCGUGCAAAGUCUGCCCGGCCUCACGCAGACUAACAUGUGAGCUUUGUUCCUGAACGACCUUGUAUUUUUAAAAUACCAAAUGACCUCAUUGUAAGUUUCAUUCACAUACCCUCUUCCCCAGCAGUGUGUGACACCGUGCCGUUCCACAGGUGUACAUGUAAUUGGUAUUACGGGCUUUAUGCCAGGAAUUAUUUUACUCUGAAUGCUUCAUGUAGGUGUAAUGACAAUAUCAUGGAAAUUGGGCUUUGGAAUAUGUGACGAGCUCCUUACAACAAAACAUUUUGUCUGCAACAUGGCAUUUAUCAAAGUUAAUGCUACAAUCUAAGAACAGUUUUGUACAUGUCUUUUAUUGGAUGAUCAUGUUCCUUUGCUCGUAAACAAACUAAUUCUGUAAAUUUGACAUAGGGUCAUCCUUGAAGAAUUUGGGUAAUUUUUAGACACAGUUUGAUGUGGCUGAUAGCUUAUUUAAUCUAUGAGAGUGUCACUUUUAUCGUCCUCUCUGAUCUCUAGAAUGAGUUCAGGACUUUAAAUAGGCCAGUAAUUUGUUGUUAAUUAUUCACAUAUUCAUUUUUAUCCUGUUUAUUAAAAUUCUGCAAUGCAAAAUAUGGGAAUAAAAUAUUUACAUGUAAAAGUUGGGAUGGGAUGAUAUUUAACUGACAUAUUUUACUGGGAUGUGCAAAUUUUGUGACAAACAAAUCAGACAAGAAACAUUAGUUUCAAAAUGUUGCACUUGUGCAUCCUUUUUAAUAUUAAUAGUCGUACAUGAUUUGUUUAAAUGAAACGUCCAGUGAUUGUAACCACAAUCUGGCUUGUCUGUAUGCGUGAAACUAAAAUAUUGUUUGGAGAGAAUCUCACUUGGGUAUUAUGCCACAGAUUAUUUACUUACACAGGUUAUCUGGAGUUUGCACAUUAUGUUCAUUAACAAGUACAUGUACACGAACAAGAGAUUUUGUCCAUUUGUGUCACUUGAUUCUACAAAUUCGUUUCUCUUCACUCAAUACACAGACAUGUCAACACAUAUGAGCUGCAGUGAACAGUCAGGAAUACUAGAUUCUCAGUGGCUGCGAUAUUCAUGACAUGACUUGUCCCAACAUCUCUGGAAAUUUUCAACACUGGAUGCCAAGAUUCAAACAAGUUCAAACAAGUUCAAACAAGUUCAAACAAGUUCCCAGAACUUCCUACGCUUGUCCAGCAAACAAAAGAGUCUCUUGAUGCAUUUGACAUCAGAAAUGUUUACCAUUUGCUACAGGUGAUCUGGAUUCCAGACUAUUACAAUUAAAUGACACGGCCACUUCUUUUCCAUGUCCUUUUCAUGCAGACUGAAUUUUAUUUGGUCAGAUUUACUUUGCUUAAGAUAUUUUAACUUGAGUAGAACUCUCGUAUUUUAUGUUUUCUUUUCCUGACAUGUCAGCAGACAUUAUAUCACUUUGAUUUAUGAAAAAAAAACAAAUAUCCACCAUAUUUCACAAAUACAAAGGCCUUUUUUCAGAAUUAAACCCAUUUAGGUAUUUUGUGUAGCAUGUACUAAAAGUCUGCAAGGCAGCAUACUUUUUUUAUUUAUCCGACAAAUUCCGCUCCCAAAAUAUGAGCCAUGUAAAUCUUCAGCUUAAAGUAUAUGUAAUUUCACAUUAAAAUACUGAAACAUCAUUUCCUACAAGAUUUUCUGCGUAUUACGUAAUUAACUAAAAUCUUUCUACUGAAAAUUAUACACCGAAAUAUUUUCCUUUAAAAUAUAUCAAUUUAUUUUGAAUAUAUUUCAUUGUUUUUUGGCAGCUUUCUUCCAUGCUUGUA